ACAGCCAAAACAAAGCUUUUUACAAAUGGCCAAACCAGUGAACUGCCUUGUCCUUCCACUCUUAGCUGCUUUGGUGGUUGUUCUGCUACCAUCAUCUUCCAAAGCUCAACCACCACCACCACCAAAGUCACCACUUGAGGUUCUUCUCCGAUGGAAACAAAGUCUAGCCAACCAAUCGAUCCUCAGCUCAUGGGUCAACCAUGCACAUGACAUUAAGAACUCUUCUACACCGUCUUCAACAAGUAGCCCGUGCAAUAAUUGGCUUGGAAUAACAUGCAACAAAGCAGGAAAUGUAACUGGAAUAGAUCUUCCACACAAAGGCCUACAAGGUACCCUUGAACUUUUAGAUUUCACUUAUUUUCCAGACCUCCUUCAUCUUGAUCUCAAACUAAACCGACUGACUGGUACCAUACCUCCUAACAUAGGUGUACCGUCAAAACUUGAAUUUCUUGAUCUCUCUACCAAUUCUUUUACUGGUUCUCUUCCUCUUUCGCUUGCAAAUCUUACUAAGGUUAUCGAGCUUGAUCUCUCCCGAAAUAGUAUAACCGGUGAACUUGACCCGCGGUUAUUCCCAAACGGGUCAAGUCCGGGUACAACUGGCCUUGUUAAUCUCCAAAGGCUACUUCUUCAAGAUACUAUGCUUGGUGGGCAACUUCCAUCACAGUUAGGGAAUUUGAAGCAUUUGACUAUUCUAGCUCUAGAUAACAACAAUUUUUCCGGUCAAAUUCCAACAUCUUUGGGUAACUUGAUCAACAUAUCUUACUUGCGCCUCAACCAAAACCAAUUUUUCGGCCAAAUUCCCAGAAAUUUUGGCAACUUGAGCAAGUUAACUAAUCUGAACCUGUUUGCUAACCAGUUAUCUGGUUCAGUACCAAAAGAAAUAGGAAAUCUUUCAUCACUUGAAACUCUUCAUUUUACACAGAACAAAUUCACUGGCCACUUGCCUCAGCAAGUUUGUCGAGGUCACAAGCUUGUGAACUUCACAGCAGCCCACAAUUUUUUCACCGGUCCUAUCCCAGUAAGCCUCAAAAACUGUACAACCUUAUUUAGAGUCCGGCUUGAAUAUAACCAACUAACCGGUGAUCUAGACCAUGAUUUUGGAGUGUACCCAAAUCUCAAUUACAUUGAUUUGAGCCACAACCAACUGCAAGGGAAACUCUCAUCCGAAUGGGCACAAUGUCAGAAUGUGACACUGUUGAAAAUUGCCGGGAAUAUGAUUGGAGGUGAAAUCCCAGAUACAAUUGUUGAAUUAGACCAACUAGUUGUGCUUGAUCUUUCCUCUAAUAAACUUUCUGGGAAAAUACCCGCACAAGUGGGAAAAUUGUCUAAAUUGUCCUCCUUAAGCCUGAAAGAUAACAAAAUUAUGGGUCAAAUACCUUCCGGAAUUGGAGGACUAACCGAUCUUACAUAUCUUGACCUCUCAAUCAACAGGCUAACUGGUUCAAUUCCAGAUCGAAUAGGGGACUGCAUACGAUUGCUGUUUUUGAGUUUGAGCACGAAUGGUUUAAAUGGUAGCAUCCCAUUGGAGAUUGGAUAUCUUCUAGGAUUACAAACUUUGCUUGAUCUGAGUUACAACUCACUUUCUGGACAGAUAACACCUCAACUUGGGAAGCUUACAAAGCUAGAAACUUUGAACCUGUCCCACAACAUUUUCUCUGGUUCCAUACCCAAUGCCUUAGGUGAAAUGAUCAGCCUUUCAACUGUUGACUUCUCUUUCAAUGAUCUUGUGGGUCCUCUUCCUAAUGGAAAGGCCUUUAAAUUGUCCGCUCCACAGGCCUUUGCCAAUAACAAAAAUUUAUGUGGUGAAGUCCAAGGUUUGAGGCCAUGUAACACCUCAUUUCCCAAAAGUGGUAGGCAAAAAACCAGACACUCUCAUCAGAUCAUUAUCAUAGUCACCUCUGUUUUGGGUUCAUUGUUUUUGAUGCUUUUGGUUUUGGGGAUUACUACACUUUACAGGCAAGGAAACCGGAGGAAUCUGAAAGAAGAUGAAUCCCCUCUAAAGCCAGAAAAUAUAUUUUCAGUCUGGAAUUUUGAUGGGAAAAUUUUGUAUGAAGACAUAAUCACUGCAACAGAAGAUUUCAACGAUGCAUUCUGCAUUGGAGUUGGAGGAACAGCGAGAGUUUACAAAGCGGAGUUACCAAGUGGCCAAUUAGUUGCAGUGAAAAGGCUGAGCUCGGCAAAGGAAAGCAUGGAAGUAGAAGACGUGGGUAGUUUUGCAAAUGAAAUCGCAACACUAGCAGAAAUAAGGCAUCGGAACAUUGUGAAGCUCUAUGGAUUUUGUUGCCAUGAAAGACACACAUUUUUGGUUUGUGAGCUCGUGGAAAGGGGAAGCUUGGAAAGUGUGCUAAGCAGUGAAAAAGAAGCAAAAGAGUUGGAUUGGAGUAAGAGAAUGAAAGUUGUUGAAGGGGUUGCUCAUGCUUUGUCUUACCUGCAUCAUAAUUGUGUGCCUCCGAUAAUUCACAGAGACAUAUCGAGCAAGAAUGUUUUGUUGACUGCAGAAUUGGAGGCUAAAGUCUCUGAUUUUGGCAUUGCAAGGUUUUUGAAGCCUGCUUCUUCAAAUUGGACCACAGUUGCAGGCACAUACGGAUACAUUGCUCCAGAAUUAUCAUAUACAAUGGCAAUGACAGAAAAAUGCGAUGUGUAUAGCUUUGGAGUAUUGGCACUAGAAGUUUUGAUGGGAUCGCAUCCGGGAACUCUCAUUUCAAAUCUAACCUCACUGGUGGAUCAAGGAAUACAACUUAAAGAUGUGUUAGAUCCUCGUCUUUCGCCUCCUACAACUCAAAAGAUUGCAGACGAGCUAACAUCUAUUGUAAACCUAGCACUAUGGUGCUUACGUGCUGAUCCUAAAUCUCGGCCUACCAUGCAUGUUGCAUCUGAGUUGCUCGAAAUGCAUGCUGGUGAUGACUAGAUUUCUCUGUGUUCUCGCACAUGCAUAUACAGGAAGUACAUACUUGUAUAUAGGUUGAAUAUCCUGUUAGUUUCUAAAAUAUACGCUCUGUUUCAUUUUGAAUAGAAUAUCA